AUGAAGAAAUAGGAUCACACUCCGAUUCGGUCACUCGUUUUUCCUUACCUCCUACACUAGCAAAGCCUCGUCUUUCGCUGUUCGUAUUAAUGCUUUCAUCGUCAUUACAGGAGUCCUAUUCGACGAUCCCAGUGCGAUCGUAGUGGGCAGUUUAAUAAUCCUCUCGCUACUUUCCACUUUGCUUCUUUUUUUUUUUUUUUUAAUUAUUAAAAAAAAAACAGAUAAACCACUAUCUCUAAGAAAGAAGACUAGAGCUCGUCAUUACUCUUUUGCUGUGAAAGUUACUUCAGUUUCUUCUUGCAAACCCUAAAUUAUUGAUUUUCCUUCCCCACACACGUAUAUGAAAAAUUGCACUGACGCAAACUAAAAAUUUCGUUUUCAAUACUUCCUCACCAUUCAAGCCAGAAAUGGGUGCGCCCAACUCUUACCUAUUUCACCAAACCGGCGAUGGAUCCUAACCCACUUCACCGGCAUUGCUUCAGAUGGGAAAGGCCGAAGAAGAACAGCCUUUGCCUUCCAGUGUUGCCUCCAGUGAUCCCGAGCAGAAUGUGGAGGCAAGCUGUGGGUGUAGAUGUUCAAAAAUUCGGAAAUUCAUUGGCCUCAGAUGUAUUUUCGUCCUGCUGCUAUCUGUUGCUGUCUUCCUCUCUGCUCUAUUCUGGUUACCCCCAUUUCUUCGGUACGCAGAUCAGAAGGAUCUGGGUUCCGAUUCAAAAUAUAAAGGUCAUGAUAUUGUUGCGUGUUUUAUUGUUAAGAAGCCAGUCUCUCUGCUGCAAGACAACAUUUCACAGCUUGCGAAUGACAUUUUUGAUGAGAUAUUAGUUCCCUCUACCAAAGUGGUUAUAUUGUCUCUUGAUCCCCUGUCUGGCUUAAACAUGACCAAAGUGGAGUUUGCUGUUGAUCCUGAUAAUAAAUACUCUGGAAUGUCUUCAGCUUCUGCUAGUUUGAUAAGAUCAUCUUUUGAAUCUCUGAUUUCAGGCCAAUCAGUUCUCAGGCUGACUUCGUCCUUGUUUGGAAAUCCCUUAUCUUUUGAAGUGCUAAAAUUGAAGGGAGGAAUUACUAUAAUUCCUAAACAGCAUGCAUUUCUUCUGCAGAGGCCACAAACUCUAUUCAACUUUACUUUGAAUUCCUCUAUUCGUGAAAUACAGUCAAAUUUCAAUCAACUGACAAGUGAACUGGAGUCUGGACUACAUCUGGCAUCGUAUGAGAACUUGUAUGUCAUCUUAUCGAAUUCUGAAGGUUCAACAGUGGCUGCUCCUACUAUUGUUCAAUCAUCUGUUUUAUUUGCAGUUGGGAAUGGGGAUACUCCAUCAAGGGAGAGAUUAAAGCAACUGGCAAAAACCAUCACAGGAUCUCAUUCAAGGAACCUUGGCUUGAACAACACUGAAUUUGGUAGGGUUAAGCAGGUUCGGCUUUCAUCUAUCCUGCAACACUCCCUUAAUGGUAGUGAUGGCAAUGGCACUUCUAGGUCACCAGCUCCUGUUCCUCUGCCUCAUCCACACCACCACCACCACCACCACCACCACCAUCACCACCACACUCACCACCACCACCACCACCGCCGCCACAAUGCCCAUCUUGUUCCGGCAACUUCACCUACACCAGCACCUGAAAGUGGGAAACAAGCAACUCCACCUGAAGUUGGUUCUCCUGCAGCUGCAAAAAAUGUGCCUCCAGAAGGGAGUAGUUCUCAAGCUGAGCCUCCUGUUUGUCAAUUUGGGCAUAGAAAGAGGUCUUCCCAAAAUGCUGGAAAGCAUCCUCAUUUGACACCUGCGGUUGCACCUAACAUUGCUAAACACUAUCCCGUUGCCUCACCAAAAAAACAAGUUGAACCACCAGGACUUGUUUCUCGUUCAGUACCUGUAUUAAGUCCUUUGCCAAAUGUAGCUUUUGCGCAUGCUGAGGCCCCCCCUAAGACUGAAGCAGCUAGAGAACGUUCUAGCACACAUUCUCAUGAGCCAUUGCCAUCUCCAUCUUCUGCAGCUACACAUGGGACUGAGAAAUGGACAACUUUAAUAUUAGUAGUACUUUGUGUUACAUGUAUAACAAAUGACUGAACUGUAUUAUUCGGACAGACAAACUAGAGUACUAAGAAAGUGAGCUACGCGAAAGGGCGAGCAUCACAUCCGAGUGGAUAUAAGUUGUCAUUAUGUAUGUAAAUAGUUGAUUGAAGAGGUCCAGACGAGACGAUGCAUGCAUUUUGAGGUCAAAGACCAAAUGGCAGGCCCUAAUGACAUGCAUUGCCCCCUGUAUUGUGUACCCUAUAACGCAGAGGGGAUAACACGAAAGGAAGAAGGAAGCAACCGAAUUAGCCUUGUGUCUCUCACCCUGUUAUCCUCUCCUAAUUCCAUCUGUAUGCUUCUCUCUACGGGUGAAAGGGGGGAAAAAAAUGACAGUUGGGUAGAUAAAUAUGUUGGCCGAACUUGACCAGAAUGGUCAUUUUCUAGAGGCAACGGAAUGCAUUUUUGUCGUUGUGAUGUUAAUGCUUGCUUUCUUAUCUCUCCCAGUUCUUGGACAAUGUGAACAGAGUAUAUAAAUAAUUGCUUCACUGAAAUAUCUCAACUUUGUUGGCUUAAA